AUGGAUGAACCACGGUGGGGCGUUGGGGAAAAGCAUGUGGGUGAUCACUCCGGCAAUGUUCUGGGAGCCCAGAGCCACGGAAAACCACUUGAUGGCACCAGGGGUCUGGAAAACAUAAAGAUAGAUGGCUGUGAAAAGCGGAGCGAAGAAAUGGAAGAGCACGUAGGAAACCCAGGCCAGCAAGUCGCGGAAGGUGGUUUGCGGGUAGAUGAUCGCGUGGUCGAGGUUGAGCAGCAGCCAGCAGAAGCCGAGCAAAAAGACCGGUGUUGUGUAGCAGCACGAAGGAGGGAGUUGGGUGAAGAAUUGUCCUGCACCCUGAGAAAAGGAGUGCGUCUUUUCAUUCUGCGACAGCAUCUGGUUGGUGUACCACCAUCCCAUUCCAUCCCAGAUCCGAGACCGCCACGGAAUGAUGUUGGCAAACGUGUAGAUGAUCUUGACGAUUGA